UGGAUCUGCGCUGGGCCCCCCUCCCUGGUACGCGGAGCGCGUCAGGGGCGGCGCCGGAGGCGCCGCCAGGGGCGUCCAGGCGCCGGUCCGAGAAAUCCGCGCGGAGCGUCGAAAGUCUAUGUUUGUGCAGUUGUUUCUCUUUCGCUCGUCCCUCGCUCGCCUCCCCGGAGCUCCCCCGCGCGCUCUGUCCGCUGGCGGUGCUGGCCUCGGGCUCGCCUCCAUGAUGCGGCUCGCUCCGCCGCGCUCGGGCCAGGCCGCGCGCCUCCGCGCGCUCGCCUGCAGCAGCUGCGCUCGCGUCGCGCUCCCGGCCUGCCUGGCGGUCUUCCCAUCGACCUCCGACCCCAUCUGUUCCGGCCCAUGUGGGCGGCCUCCAACUGUUGUGAGAGACGCGUGGGCGAAGAAAGCCAAGGGGGCGUUCCAGAAAGCGUUGGAGCGGCGGUCUGUGCCUGACAGCGACACGGAGGAGCACGAGAGGGCGUGACCCGGCUUCGCUGAGUCGUGGCCCUCCGCACGGACUGCAUGCCGCCAUGGCUUUCAGGGCGCGAGCCGUGCCUCGCAGACGCCCCCCGAGGCGGCUCGAAUUUCUCCGCGGCCACGCUGCUUGGCAAGCGACUGCGAGGAAGAAGCUCGGCCCCCACGUCGAGAAGUAAGGCCCGCGCGGGCAUGCACCGGACCCCGGCCGCGGGGCUUGGCCAGGCUCGGCUCCGGGGCCAACUACAUAUGUAUGAGCGACGCCAACC